GUAUCUCAUUCGUUUCUGGCGCGCGCCAAACUCGAUUAGACAACCGUCUCUAGAGAUUUCCAUUGUGACACAGUGAGAAUAAUUCAGAUUCUGAUUCUGAAAGUGAGAGUGAGAGUGACAGUGACGACAACUUUCCACGAUGCACAUAAUUGGCUUACUGAUACUGCUCCAGGCCGGCCUCCGGGAAAUCCAGUGCGUUGCGUUCUACACGGAAAAACCCUCCUAUAUAGAAUCCUGCCGGAUUUAUGAACCAGAGUUCACAAAAUGCUCAACGCGCUCCAUCCAGGCCUUCAUGAACCAGCUCAUCAAGGGCAUUCCCGAGAUUGAGGAAUCCUUCGGUCCCAUCGAUCCCAUGCGUCAGGAUCAACUGGUGUUCAAGCAGGACAACAGCGAUGUGGCCACCUUGGCAGCCAAUCUCACCGAGAUGAAGAUCCGCGGCUUUGGCCAAAUGGUGAUUAAGGAGAGCAAAGUAAGCAAAAAGGACUUUAGUUGGCAGACAAAGAUCUAUCUGCCCACGAUGAGCAUGGAUGGCAUGUACAAGAUGGUCGGCCGCAUUCUGUUGGUUCCCCUGCAUGGGGCCGGAAAGAUCUCCAUGAAAAUAGAUGAUCUGGACAUACUGAUGAGCACCAAGACCCACCUGUACGAGAAGGGCGGCUACACCUUCUACAACAUAACGUCCGUCAAGGUGAAGCUGGAGGUGGGAAAGGUCUACACGAAUAUGGAGAAUCUGUUCAAUGGCCACAGCAAGGAUGUGGAGAGGAGCACGAAUCUGUUCUUCAACGAGAACUGGCAGGAUCUGUUCGAGGCACUGAGACCCCUGGUGGACGAGACCGUGGAGCGAACCCUGCUGGAUUUGCUCCACAAGACCUUCUCCAUAUUCCCGGCCAGCUUCUUCGUAGAGGAUGUACCGAACUCCCUGACUCUGUACGGUCGCAAGUCGAAGAUGAUCAAUUAGGCAGGGAGAGCAGUCCAUGCUCUUCGAAAUACAUAAGUCUCUGCUCACUUCUUGAAAUGUAUUUUGUAUUCUUGAUUGUAGAAAAGGGGUAAAUCCCUCGUCGCGAGUGGUUAGACUAGUUGUGGCUGUUAGUGUUACUUAAUAAAUGCUUAAUUUAGA